GCCUUAGAUACCUAACUUAUGCAACCCGGAUCUUAUGCUAUACCAUACGAUGUGCACAAUGACCAGAACACUUAUCACACUCGCCCAAUUCUCCACCACAACGCUUUCCCAAUGCAGCCCAAGCGCAAUGGAUAAUCUCAAACGUUCCGAUCAAACUCCUGCGAACCGGCGAUCCUUCGUAGCGGAAUCGGCAAAGAGAAAAAAAAACGAUCCAGUUGCCUGGUUCCGAGCGAACAGACGAGGAUGAGAGUCCCCCAUCUUAACUUCAGCCGGAUGGAUAUAUCUACUUGUUAUGAUGGCGACAUCGAAGUUCCAACAACCUGGAUUCCAGGUAUCUAAAAGGGUUUCCUGGGAACAAAAUAUGGAGCAU